AUGCCAAACCCUGCGCCGAAGGAGGAUACGUGGGCGUUCAAUCCGAUCGGGUCGCCAUUUCCGGACAAUCCUGUCAAAGUGCUGGGCCAGCAGAACAUGUACGUCGCACUGUGGUACAAGAACGGAAAGCCGGUGCACGGCUACGCAUGGAACGACGGUGGCGUUGUACAGGCUUCAUUUCCGUACGGCAAGGCUGAGCUCACAGGGAAAAUCGAUCUUGGCGACAUCAUUCAGGUGCUGCAGUACAAAGGAGACCACAACUCGCUCGGCUAUUGGUACGAGUGGAUCAAGUACAAGGACCGUUUCGAGAAGACCGAUCAACGUCAACUGGUUCGGUGCGGCGACUCGAUGCCCAUUCUAUGGGUUAAUCGUCCUGGUGGAACACUGCUCGGCUACUUGAACAUGAAGACGGAAGAAGCCUACUUUUCACAAGCUGGCAAGGCAGAAUGCGUCGUUGGAAAACCGCUCUCGGAAAUGAUGAUCAUUAUUCGGUACGUUUAG